AUGGGGAGUGACCCGUGGCGGACGGACGGGCGCCACGGAGCCGAUGGCGGUCAUGGGUAUCGUCAGGACACGGGAGCGUACCGCUCGCCGGAGGAAGGCUAUCGCCGUCGCGAAGAUCGAAGUCGCGGGCGAGGUCUAGAGGAGCUCUUCUCGGGUCGCCAGGGCGAUCUUGAUGUGGAUGGAGAAGACGAGGCCGACAAGGCGAAUCGUGUGCGGGAGACGGAUCACGAAGGCGAAGCCAAGGGCGAUGGCGAAUCCCAGGUGGAAGGCGCAGGCGAGCAGCGCGAAAUGCCCGCUGGAGUCGACAACGACAAUCCCGCGCAUGCGGGCGUGGCGGCGGAGCCAAGCACGGCGGAGGCGGACGGAAGGAGCGGCCCGCGAACUCAGCCGCGCGGCGGAGAGAAAGGUGACGGUGGGAGGCGUGGCGGUGGCUCGCGCUCCCCAGAUCCGCGCCAGCAAGAUGACGCGGGACGCGGCGGCGGCACGCGGUCGCCUGAUCCGCGGCUGAAUCGUGAGGGAGGGCACGGCGGCGGCGCCCGCUCGCCAGAUCCGCGGAUGGAUCGUGGCGGGGGCCGCGGCGGCGGCACGCGCUCGCCCGAUCUGCGGCUGAAUCGUGAUGGGGAACGUGGCGGCGGCACGCGCUCGCCAGAUCCGCGGCUGAAUCGGGAUGGGGGACGCAGCGGCGGUGUGCGCUCGCCAGAUUCGCGUCCGAAUCGGGAAAGGGGACGUGGCGGCGGCACGCACUCGCCAGAACCACGGCAGAAGCGUGGCGGGGAACGCGGUGGCGGCGUGCGCUCGCCAGAUACACGGGUGCAGCAUGACGGGAGGCGCGGGAGCGGCUAUGUCUCACCAGAACGGCGGCCGCUGUAUGAGGCGAGGCGCGGAGGCGGCCACCGCUCGCCAGAUCCGCGGCAGCAUCAGGACAGUGGGCGCGGGGGCAGCUCGCGCUCGCCGGAUUCGCGGAAGUAUCACGACUGGAGAAGCGGAGGGAAUCUGCGCUCACCAGGUCCUCGUUACCCUCGAGAUGAGAGGCGCGGAGGCGGCUCUCGCUCGCCUGACCUGCAACGAUACCGAGGAGAGAGGGCAGGGACGGAGGGCGCGGUGAUGGGUCUCGCUCGCCUGGCCGGUACUGGCGGCAAGACGGAAGACGUGCCGGUGAGGGAGAACGGGAUCAACGCAACAGCAGAGAGGGAAGCAGCGGGCUGA